AUGCCCCUGCGCAGCACUCGCGCGUUGUCUACCGUGGUGGACGAUGAAGUGCGCAAGUUUAACGCUGCUUCCUCUGACUGGUGGGCGCCUAAGAGCACGACGGGCGUGGGUCCGCUGCACCAGAUCAACCCUGUGCGCGUCAAGUACAUCCGCUCUCACGUGAUCAAGCACUUCGGCCACACGACGGACGACGACCCCAUGCCGCUGCGCGGGCUCCGUGUGGCGGACGUGGGCUGCGGCGGUGGCAUCCUGUCCGAGGCGCUGUGUCGUAUUGGCGGCACCAUGGUGUCUGCUGACCCUGGCGAGGACAAUAUCGCAGUAGCGAAGAAGCAUGCAGCGAUGAGUCGCCACACCAGCAGCAUCGACUACCGCCGCUGCACGUCUGAUGAUUUGGUGGCACAAGGCGAGAAGUUCGACGUCGUGUGUUCGCUGGAAGUCAUUGAACACGUUUCCGACGUCUCGGCGUUCUUGCACUCGCUAACGCCGCUGGUAAAGCCGGGAGGUCUACUGUUCCUGUCGUCAAUCAACCGCACGGCCCUUUCCGCCGCGCUUGCGAUUGGAGCUGCUGAAUACGUUAUGCGAAUCGUUCCGCCAGGAACGCACGACUGGAACAAAUUUGUGCAGCCGGGUGAGAUUGAAGCUGAGCUGAGGAAGGAUGGUUUUGCCGUUAAGGAUGUGUCAGGCAUUGUGGGCGAUCCGAUCUUCCGUAGUUGGCGUAUUCACCCCACCUGCACCGACAUCAACUACAUCAUGUGUGCGUUCAAACCUGAGGAGUAA